UUCCAGAAUACCGUAAUUUUACAUGCUGCUUCGUUUCCGACUGUCACUCAUCUUGUCUGUUAUUCGCACACCGCACUCCUCUCUCUCUUUCUCUCCUCCUCUCCCUCCUGCUAUGUACCUGUACACCGUCAGCGCAGUCACAGUCAGUGCAUGGAGUGCCCGUGCGGCGGAGAAGAUCAUCCUAUCAUUCGGCCUUGAAUUAAUAAUUUUUUUAAAAACGGCUCUUGGACGGGGGCCGGCUCCUAUUGUUCACUUAAAAGGGCCGGCUCUUUGAAGAUUGCCGGAUGAUCCGGGUACUUUAUCACUCGGCAGUCGAGCCAUUUUGGCAUCAUGCGCCACUGAGCAACUCAUAGGAAUGAACGGGGGCCGCCUCCAACGCUGUAUCCAGUUCUUUUUAUACAUCCAUGCUGUGCACCUGUUGGUGACACACAAACUUGGGUGCGUUUGAUUUGGGUCACUCAGCGUGCCGGGUGGUGCAUCAACAAUAGAUCACUGCUUAAUUAUGCAAACUUUUUUGCAAACAACUUUUUCGUGUGACUUAGUCCAAUUUAUGAUAAAAAAAAAACAAUAUUUAACAGUUACGAGAGUAAAUGUAAUACCGCUGCUAAAAUGACAACUGUGAUCAACUCUAAUGACAGAAAGUAUGGACAACAGCUACCAGCCUCCACACGAAGAACCUCCAGCUCGUUCCUUUCUCGUCAGAGGUGUUGGGCUUUUCACCGGGGACAUGCAUCUCUGUGGACAGUGGGUGAAAAGACAGGCUGUGGUAAUCCAGCUGCUGGACUGGAUUUUCCGAGGGGUGGCCCAGGUCAUGUUCGUCAACAACCCUCUCAGUGGGCUCCUCAUCACGGCCGGCCUCUUCCUGCAGAACCCUUGGUGGGCUCUGAACGGUCUGCUGGGUACCUUUGUCUCCACUGGGUCUGCCAUAUUGCUGGGACAAAACAGGGAGGCCAUAUCAGCGGGUUUAUAUGGCUACAAUGGAACGUUGGUCGGCAUACUGAUGGCUGUUUUCUCCGCCAGAGGAAGCUGGUACUGGUGGCUGUUAUUGCCAAAUAUGUUCAUGUCCAUGUUGUGCCCGGUGGUCUCAAGUGCUUUGUCCUCAGUUGCCAGUAAAUGGGACGUGCCGAUCUUCACCCUGCCCUUUAAUAUUUUGGUGUGUCUACAUGUUGCAGCUACAGGAGCCAAUCACCCUUACUUUCCAGCGGUGGAUAUGCGGCCAAAUGACCAUCUGCACCGUCCUAAUGGCUCCAUGGAAAGCCUCGAUAUCUCUCAACUAUUCCUGUCAGUGCCAGUUGGUGUUGGCCAGGUGUAUGGCUGCGACAGUCCUUGGACAGGAGGUCUCAUCCUUCUGGCCCUGCUGCUUUCCUCACCAACUAUCUGUUUCCAUGCCAUGUGGGGCUCUGCUGCUGGCAUGCUGUCUGGAUUUGCUCUCGCAGCUCCUCACAAGGACAUUUACUCGGGGCUGUGGGGAUAUAACAGCGCUCUGUCCUGCAUUGCCAUCGGAGGGGUCUUCUAUGUCCUAACAUGGCAAACCCAUCUACUGGCUCUAAUAUGUGCACUUUUCUGCGCAUACAUGACUGCAGCGAUCUCCAAACUGAUGUCUGUGCUCGCAUUACCGGCCUGCACGUGGCCUUUCUGCCUGUCCACUCUCAUCUUCCUCCUCAUUUCCACUGAGAUCACAGCCAUCUGCAGACUGCCUCUGUCUGCGGUCUCCUACCCCGAGGAGAACCGGCGCUACCGGAGACAAUUAAAGGCCUCGGAGGAAGCUCAGCAUAGUCAGCAGAGCAGUGGCCAAGAAGAGGCCAUGCUGAAGGAUGGAGGGCCAGUCGGUAGUGGAUCAUAGGGGGGGCUGCAGUGGAUCUGAGAUGCUCUAACCUCUCCGAGUGUUAAAUAUAAGUAUGUUUAUAUACAGUCUUGGUAUUCUUAUAUAAAAUGGCUGGCAUUGUAGUGAGAAAUAUUUUCUAAAUGGCAAACAUUUUUUUAUGCAGUGUAGCUCUUCUAAACAGCAGAGGGCAGCACUUCCCAAGGAAACACUGACUUUUCAUUGUACCUGUUUACAGUAUCUUUACUGUUAUGAUGUUUCACAGUUUUUCUGUGAUUGUGCUUUACAGUACAAUACUGCAACUGUGUUUUAAAUGUAAAUAUACUAUGUAUAGCCUACUAUUAUACACUGUAAGAGCCAUGUUGUAUUAUUUACAGUUUUUUGUAUUUGAUUCUCAUUGCAGAAGUACAUUGUGUUGUGCCAUUGCAAAUGUUUAAUAAGCAUUAGAAGGUAAUUAGUCAUGUCGUAGAAUGGGCUUUAAUGCAUUUUAUGUGUGUUUUGCCGUAUUGAGACUUGUGCUCCUCCAGUCUAGUCCUGCUGUUGAACAGUUUGGACGUGUCCCUUUAAGUUUGAUUAGUGCAAGUUGGGCUUCGAUGGAGCAGGAUGGGGAGCAACUGUUUUUCUGACCGCAGAUUAUAGACUGUAUUUCAGUUAUUUUCAGCAGAAUUGGUCAGUGUUUGAUAGUCCAUCGUUGCAUAUGGAUAUAGUUUUGUUUAUUUUUCCCGUUACAGAAUAAACUACUUUUCGCUCACAA